UCAGCGGAGGUGAGCGGUGCAGUCUGCGGUUCUGGAAAAUAGCGGUCAAUGGAAUCCCUCUCUCCACCUUUCACGAAUUAGCCGAUGAUAUAGGAAAAGGUGCAUCUGUCUGCAUUGCACUUAGCGUGUUUUUCAUCGCAGGGUAAUUGUAAUUAGACAAAUCUCUCAAGAUGGGGAACAGAGGGAUGGAAGAGCUGAUCCCGCUUGUGAAUAAGAUGCAGGAUGCAUUUUCAGCCAUAGGACUGAAUGCUGAGCUGGACCUGCCUCAGAUCGCAGUGGUGGGAGGGCAGAGCGCUGGGAAAAGCUCUGUCCUAGAAAAUUUCGUUGGAAGGGACUUCUUGCCUCGAGGAUCCGGGAUUGUUACUAGACGCCCUUUGGUUCUUCAGCUAAUAAACAGCAACACAGAACAUGCAGAGUUUUUACAUUGUAAGGGGAAAAAGUUCACAGAUUUUGAUGAGGUUCGCCAGGAGAUCGAAGCAGAAACAGACCGAAUCACAGGAGGCAACAAAGGAAUUUCUCCUGUACCAAUCAACCUGAGAGUAUACUCUCCCAAUGUUCUUAACCUCACACUAAUUGACCUGCCAGGAAUGACAAAAGUGCCAGUGGGGGACCAGCCAGCAGACAUUGAGUAUCAGAUACGAGACAUGCUUAUGCAGUUUGUCACCAAGGAGAACUGCCUCAUCCUUGCUGUGUCCCCUGCCAAUUCUGAUCUUGCCAACUCUGAUGCCCUCAAAAUCGCCAAAGAGGUCGACCCUCAAGGUUUACGCACAAUUGGGGUUAUCACCAAACUGGAUUUGAUGGAUGAGGGUACCGAUGCUCGAGAUGUUUUGGAGAACAAGCUUUUGCCUCUUCGAAGAGGUUACAUUGGUGUUGUGAACAGAAGUCAGAAGGAUAUUGAUGGAAAGAAAGACAUUCAAGCUGCAUUAGGAGCAGAAAGAAAAUUCUUCUUAUCGCAUCCAUCUUACAGACAUAUGGCAGAUCGGAUGGGGACACCAUAUCUUCAAAAAGUUUUGAAUCAGCAACUUACUAACCAUAUCCGAGACACCCUUCCGGCCCUGCGGAACAAACUACAGAGCCAGGUGUUGUCAAUCGAGAAGGAAGUUGAAGAGUACAAAAACUUUCGUCCUGAUGAUCCUGCAAGGAAAACUAAAGCACUGCUUCAGAUGGUGCAGCAGUUUGCUGUCGACUUUGAGAAGAGAAUAGAAGGAUCUGGUGAUCAGAUAGAUACCUAUGAGCUGUCAGGGGGUGCCAGGAUCAAUCGAAUCUUCCAUGAACGCUUCCCAUUUGAGCUUGUGAAGAUGGAAUUUGAUGAGAAGGAGCUACGACGAGAGAUCAGCUAUGCCAUUAAGAACAUUCAUGGCAUCAGAACCGGUCUCUUCACUCCUGACAUGGCUUUUGAGACCAUUGUGAAAAAACAGGUCAAGAAGAUCAAGGAGCCAUGCCUAAAAUGCGUGGACAUGGUCAUAUCUGAGUUAAUCAGUACCGUUAGACAAUGCACCAAGAAGCUUGGCCAGUACCCUCACCUACGGGAAGAAAUGGAGAGGAUUGUUACUACCCACAUCAGAGAGCGAGAGGGAAGGACCAAAGAUCAGGUGAUGCUAUUAAUAGACAUUGAACUGGCCUACAUGAACACAAACCAUGAAGAUUUUAUUGGAUUUGCCAAUGCACAGCAGCGAAGCAGCCAAAUGAGCAAGAAGAAGGCCUCAGGUAAUCAGGAUGAAAUCCUGGUAAUCCGGAAAGGAUGGCUCACUAUCAACAACAUUGGCAUUAUGAAAGGAGGAUCCAAAGAGUACUGGUUUGUCCUGACAGCAGAAAACCUUUCCUGGUACAAGGAUGAUGAGGAAAAAGAAAAGAAGUACAUGCUGCCAUUGGACAACCUUAAGCUCCGGGAUAUUGAGAAGGGAUUCAUGUCCAGCAAACACAUCUUUGCUCUCUUCAAUACUGAACAAAGAAAUGUGUACAAGGACUAUCGACAGCUAGAACUGGCAUGUGAGACCCAGGAGGAGGUGGACAGCUGGAAGGCAUCCUUUCUAAGAGCUGGAGUAUAUCCUGAGCGUGUUGGGGAGAAGGACAAACAAAGUGAAUCAGAGGAGAAUGGCUCAGACAAUUUCAUGCACUCCAUGGACCCCCAGCUGGAAAGACAGGUGGAAACAAUCCGUAACCUCGUGGAUUCCUACAUGGGUAUCGUGAACAAGACUAUCCGUGACCUCAUGCCCAAAACCAUCAUGCACCUCAUGAUCAACAAUACAAAGGAAUUCAUCCAUUCGGAGUUGCUGGCCAACCUGUAUUCCUGUGGAGACCAGAACACAUUAAUGGAAGAAUCUGCUGAACAAGCUCAGCGGCGGGAUGAGAUGCUGCGAAUGUACUAUGCACUUAAGGAGGCGUUGAACAUCAUAGGUGACAUCAGCACCACCACCAUCAGCACCCCACUACCCCCACCUGUUGAUGACUCCUGGCUUCAAGUCCAGAAUGUUCAGUCUGGCAGAAGGUCUCCUACAUCUAGCCCAACCCCACAGAGAAGAGCUCCAGCUGUCCCACCAGCCAGGCCUUUAUCUCGGGGUCCAGCCCCUGGACCCCCUCCUGCUGGAGCCCCAGUAGGUAGUGCUCCUCCAGUACCCUCCAGGCCUGGUGCCUCUCCUGAUCCUUUUGGGCCUCCACCUCAAGUCCCAUCUAGACCCAACCGUGCACCUCCUGGUGUUCCCAGGCAGCCACAAUCAAAGUAAGUUACUGAGAUCUGCAUAUAUCCCGGAUGAACACAAAGGGAGCAGGAAGGCUCCUGCCUCGCCCACACGACCCACCAUUAUCCGAUCGGCUGAUCCGACCCUUCUAAAUUUGUAAUCCAAGCCUGUAGACAGCUGGCGACCAGUUCUGUGCUUCCCCUGCUGCGCUCAGUUCACCCCAAAACAUUCCUGUACAGUUAUUACCAGCCAUGUGAUACAGUCAUUUUCUGAUAUUGGUCCAGUGUUUGUGUGUGUAUGCUAGAUGUGUAGCUACUGUAGUUAUUAAAACUGGUACUGAGUAUAAAAUAAGGAGAGACAGACUCCUUCCCAUUGUAAUUAUCUCUAAAGUGACAGUUUCUGUAGAGAUACUUGUGUGUGGAAAUAUAUAAAUGCAUGUGUGUGUGUCUGUACAUAUAUAUAUAUAUAUAUAUAUAUAUAUAUAUAUGUAUGCAUGUAUAUACAUACACACACACAUACAUACACACACAAACAUAUGCAUUCAAAUACAUAGUAUAUAUUCUUAUUUAGAUGCUACAGAAGAGUAAAUCACAAAAUCUUCAAACCCCAAUUUUCCUAAAAGCAUCAUACUAAAGGAGCUACGACUUUGGAGUUAAUAUUUUAAGUGACCCCACAAUACGAGCUUUUUUCUGGGGGAGGGUUAGUAUUCCAAAGUAAUGCCAUUUCCAUCCUUUGGUUUGAAGGUUUAGUGAUGCAUUUUUCUGUAGCAUGAUAAACAUUAUGGGGUAGAAUAUUUGUAUGUCAUAUACCACAUGUUUAAACCUAAGAAAUUAAUCAAAAUUAGAAGCAGUAAGUGCAUUUGCAUCAUUUAGGGACUGUACAGAUAUUUCUGUGUUGCACAGAUUAGUUUUUGGAACAGUGUAGACUACCAGUGAUGGAAUGGAUAUCUGAAACUUCAGCACUCUUCACCUGGGAGAGAGAUGUGACUUCAGACAUUCUGGUGACAUAUAUGGUGACUCAGCUGCUCGUGAUCCUGCAAGAUCCUUUGAUUAGAGUGGUAGCAGUUAAUAUGGACACAUUUGUCAGAUACUAAAAUUGAUGGAUGCUCAUUCAUUGCAGAAAUCCUAUUUCUCUUUUGCUGCUUUUCCCUCACUAAGUUUCUGUAUGGCAAGUAAUAAAAAAUACACACAUGACGUAGCAUGGGGGCACAGGAAGCAAAGCAGUACUAAAGCAGUUCCCUGUUUCGUCAGGUUUGUUUGCAUAAUUUAUAUUUAAAAAUGCUCAGUAGUCAUACACAAUGCAAUACCUGUUUAGUAACACUGUACUAAAUUACCAACUGAGAAAAUGGAAUGCUACAUAUCUUCUAUUUCCAAGCCAGUGAACUUGGUGUGUAUCAAAACUGAGAAAACAGUUUACAUAGAAAUCAUAUGAAAUAAUUGCUAGAACUACAACUCAGGUGUUUGAAGGCUGAUUUCAUUACCUUUUACUGAUGUUUUAAACUGACUAUCAGGGAUGACUGCAUGGAUUCCGGAAUCUCAGUGCCACUGAACAAUCCUCCAACGUACUUGGUAUCAGUGUAGUUGGCUGAUGUGAACAGUGCAGACUCCAGCUGCAUAUGGAAACAGAACUGAGACAGCUGUAAGGGCUUGGUCAUGACUUGCAUAGAUGCUGGCACUGAAUUUGGUUAUGGAAAAAUGUACAGUACAAGAGAAAAUGGUUCCUUCCAGAAGGCCAGCAGGCCAGCAUUUACAAAAUGUUUGCUGAUGUUGCCUUUUGCAGAUUUGCUUUAAAAAUAUAGUUAAAAGGAAAUAUUCUGAUUGUUUUGAUGUCUUAAAUAUGUUCUUUAAAAGAUUUUUUAGACAAUAUAUAAUAUUCUAGGUGUCAGGUUCUACGAUUAAUAAAGCAGCAAUAUUUUUCCAUUGAAGAAAGAUUUCAUUAAGAUUUUUUUUUUAUUUGCAAGAAUGUGUAUUUAAGAUCUUAAGUGAGAAAAGUGACUUCUUUGGACAUUUAAGGUUUCAUUUUCAGAUCUUUAAUAUUGCAAAUAAUUUUAGAAAUUGCUUUCACUUGAAUACAAUGUAUUAAGAAUAUGAAUUUUACUAAGCUGGUGAACAGAGAUGAACUCCCAGAGUGAGCAGCACAGCACUUAUAGCAGCACACUUUUACACUGGAUGUUGUUGCUGCUUCACAACUUGUGGUUCUUCGGUUCAGUUCUCAGCUGGGGUAUCUUCUUAUAGCCGCACAAUGGUACACUGUUUAUCAUUGCUGCUUCACAACUUGUGGUUAUUCGGUUCAGUUCUCAGCUGGGGUACCUUUAUAUGUGUAGUUUCCAUGUCCUCACUUUGGCUGCAUGUAUUUUCACUGCCUGCUCUGCCCCCCACCACACACACACAUCUCAAAGACCUACUCUAAGUGACUUCUCAGAGUUGGGGGUUGGCAUACUAGUUAAGGUGCUUACCUCACAGAUGGAGUACAGUGCAGGGUUUGAAUCCCACCUCUGAAGGGAAAUUGGCUAGUCCAGCUAACGUAGUACUUACCUAUGAACCUCAAACUGUAGUUGUGUAAGCAAUAUUCUCCUGUGAAAGACAGCUGUUUGAGCAGGACUAGUUUGUCAAUCUUAUGCCCAGUGAGUGCUGAGAUGGGCUUUGGUUUCUUCCAGAUCUUCAGCUGGAUAAUACAGGUAAUCAUAGAAUAAAUGAAGGAAUGAGGGAAUGAGUGCAUGAGCUUCUCCAUCCAGUGUGGCAAGAAGCCAGAACUUGGGCAGGCUUUGGAAACUUUAAAGUUCAGUUCAGAAAGCUAACAUAACCGCAAGAAAAUGUGUUUAUUUAUGGUUUUCUCUAUUACUCACAAAAUAAUCAUGUGAUGGAAUGUUCUGUCAGUGUACAAAUAUUGCUGCUUCAGUGUGCACUUUGGACUCAUUCAGUAAAAAUAUGAUGUGUUAACUGUGUAAAAUGAUACAACUGAACACUUACGUCUGCAUUUCCAAGGCUUUACAGUUUUUUUUCUGUUUGCCUGAGUGCAACCUUACUGUUAACACCUAACCUAUCAGCCAUUGGGAAUACUGUUACUAGUAUAGUCUUUAUGUAUGAAUCCCCAAUUUAAUAGUAGUCAGACUUGACCUACUGUCCACAUAGCUGCAUUAGACACCAAAAGUUUGGCAGUUUAGGAUAAAAUGUUAAGGAUGUAAGCUACUGAUGAGCUUCAUUUUGUAAUUCUUUGUUUGAUUUUCUCUGUUUAUUCUUGCAAACUGUAAUUUUGAGAAAAUCUGUUAACCAAAUGAUGCUUUUGGGUCACCUCUGAAAAAGACAUUUGUGCCUAGUGGGCUUUCUUGAUUAAAAACUUCAAAAGACACCUUAUUCUUUUUUUACAUAUUUACAACUGUUACUUAGGGAUUCUGCUGCCUUUCAGUCUUUUCUCACAUUUUUUAAGGUUACUUUUAAUUCAUCUUCUUAGAUUCACACACUCCACUGUUUUUUGUUCUAUUGCUCAUGUUAUCAUGAGAAAUAGAUGGGUGCUGAGGGUUAAAUGACGUGCCAGAUCCAUUUAUAAUAUGCCUUAAAUUAUCCUUACAUCUGAAUCAAAUUCAUCAUUCAAAUAAUAAAAAUAUAGAUUCUUCAAUGUAAGUCCUUGAAACCAUGCUGCUUGGUUUUAUGGAGUAACUUCAUGCAAAAGAGAAAGAGACCACUGAUUGAAACAUUAUGUCACAGAAUUCUUUUUAUAGUGAUCUGACAGCCUGCUAAGAAUCUUGGAAUUCAUUGGCAAAAUGAAGGCUUUAAAUAAUUCCUGUGAUUGGUGCAUCCCUUUGACAUUUAGCUGUCUUACUUAUACACUAUGGAUUUGAGAGCAGAAAGAUUAUUAUUCUUUUAAUUUAAAGGUCAGGUAACUUCAAGCAAUGUGCAGUCAGUCACACACUGGUGCUGACUGUAACCAAGUGUAACAGUGAGUCAGAAGUGGCUCGUUGUUCUGGCAUUCCACAGCAGUAGAUAUCAAACAUUUACUUCUGUUACUCAGCUCUAACUUUAUGACAACUUCCAGUAGCCAGUGAUACAGAGCAACCAGCUUCAUUUGCGAAGCAUUUAUUCACACAUUUUGAGUUAAGCUUUAGUAGCUUGAUAAACACUAUACUGAGACUCACUUGCUGAGUCUGUCCUUUAUCAUUAGGUGUUACUGCUGAUGCUGUUACCGAGAAUCAUGCUUCUAGUGCUUAAAUAUAUAAGUGUUCCACUUGGUCCACUGCACUUACACUCAUAUAUCUCCCACUAUGUCACCAGUUUGUUAAUACACUGGAGUGUAAUUUUUUAAACCCUCACCCCUUAAGCUUGCUUCACCCACUCUGGGAGCACACCUUCCCUUCUUCUAGUACAACACUGAACCUUCCUUGUGUGGACAGAGAUCAAAGCAGUUAGUUAUCAGAUUGACGGAUUUGUACUUAGUUUGAAGGCAUUUAAGCUAGAGCUGCACAAUAUGUGGACUUCCAGUAUAAAAGCUCGAUGUAAACACUGUAUUGCAUACAAUACUGCAAAAGGGACAAAGGUGAAGAACUGCAUAUCUCUCUAGUGGCAGGAUUUGAAUCUGAGGACCAUACUGGUCACUAAGCAGACUCUUUAGAGGGCAGCCCAAGAGCAAAAUUAUAAUUAUUACAGUUAGUAGGACAAUGCUCACAGGUGAGUAUCUUCUGUGUAGUUAAAGAAUGUGCAAGUGAACUCCAACCUACAUGUAGCUUUUAUUGUCUAUAUUGUCAGAAUGGUAUCCCUAGCUGGAGAGGGUCUGCAGAAAUCAUUGUCAAUUUUUGUUUGCUUCUGCAGCUUGCUUUAGUGCUUUAUUAUUAUCAUUAUCAUCUUUAUUUCUCCUUUUCUGUUUGUUGUGUUUUGUUUAUUUUGCUUUUAAUUCCAGCCGACCAGGCAAGGUGAGCCCUUCUCGGCCGGAAAGCCCAAUGCCUCCUUUCGAUGUCUAAUUCUCUCCUGGAUUUCCAUCUUCUGCUUUUGUUCUCAAAUUUUGGAAUGCUGUAUCCUAAACAAAACCAGGUGACUUACUUUAUGGUAGUCAUAUCACAUCUCACAUAUGGUUUUAUGUGAAACUGUACUCCUUCUGCACAUUCAAAGCCAAAGUUAAGGGGAUAGGAAAGAGGACAAGAAGGCACUGUCUUAUUACAACCUUCACCUUCAACGUGUUAUAUUUAUGUGUCUUGAAUUUUAAGCUCCUGUGCUUCCAUGUGGACAUUAAGUAAAAAAGUGGUGGUGUAGAAACUUAAGAAGAUUAAAUAUUUAUGUAUAUAUAUAUGUGGAAUAUAAACUGUUGAUUUUUUGAGCUGUGUAUUAUAAAUAUAUUUAACUUUAACAAAUUUUACUCACCACAGAGAUGUGGAAGCAAUGGAAUGAGGUCAUGGUUUAACAUGUGAAACUUUGUAAUCAUGUGUUCUAUUAAAAGCAACUAUUUCACUGUUUCUUGGGCCAACAAUCAAGUACAUAUCUGUAAAAGUGAAGGCUCCAUGCCGUAAUAAAACUGCACAAUUGUGGAAACUUAA